AUGAAAAGUGAUAAGAGGAAGAAACAUCUCAUGGAUAAGCUUUUCAAGUUUUGCUUUCCUGCAUUACAUUACUAACCAUGUAAUGAGAACACCAAACUCCUAAUCAACUCAGUUUUUUGGAUCUUUGAAGUUAUAAAUGCCUUCACCAGUAACCAAAGUGGAAAGGGAAAUGUGAGUGUUCAGGUCCCACUGUGAAAUUGCAACAACUCGUUGUCUGGUUACAACCCUUUGGUGUUGGAACACGAUCACCUCACGUAGGUGGCAGCGAAAGACUAGUGGGAACCAUCACUUUGUUUUUUGCAUUUUUGCCUUUAAAAUUCCAAUCUUUGCUUCACCCUCUUCGGUUCACCGCUGAAGACAAUGGAAAAUGGACUACCUUUGCUUAAUUGUCUCUUGCAGCAGACUCUGAGAACCAUUUGCACUUCUCCAAAUUUUUCCACUUCCUCUAAGUGGGUAUAUGCUGUCUUCUGGAGAAUACUACCCCGGAACUUUCCUCCACCGAGUGUUGAUGUACUUUGUUGCAGGUGGGAAUUUGGAGGAACUGCUCUUGAUCGCUCCAAGGGAAAUAAGAGAAACUGGAUCCUUGUCUGGGAAGAUGGGUUCUGUGAUUUUGAUGAAUGUGAGCAGAGGAGGAGUGGAUACUUGAACAGCAGGUUUGGCGCGGAUGUAUUCUUCAAAAUGUCUCAUGAGGUUUACAGUUAUGGAGAGGGACUAUUGGGAAAAGUUGCUGCAGAUACUAGUCACAAAUGGGUUUACAAUGACCAGCACAGUGAGUGUGAACCUAGCUACAUUGCUUCUUGGAAUGCUUCAGUGGAGCCACAACCAAAAGCGUGGGAGUUUCAGUUCAACUCAGGCAUUCAGAGUAUUGUCCUGAUUGCUGUUAGAGAAGGUGUAGUGCAACUGGGUUCCUUUAACAAGAUUGCAGAGGACCUCAAUCUAGUGAUCAGCAUACAAAGGAAAUUCAGCUACCUUCAAAGCAUACCAGGUGUAUUCGCUAUUCAAAGACCAUACCUACCCACCCAAUAUCCAUACAUUUUGAAGCCCAGUUUCCAAAUGAUUGAAGGCAAUGGCAUUGCUCUAUCUACCUAUGAUUUGAACCAAGUAAAUGGAGUCAACAAACAAAUUGAUGAAAAACCCAACUGUACUUCUAGUUUAGCUAUAAACUUGGGUUGCAACAUUGGAACAGCAGAAUCUCUUCCUUUCCUCAAUACCAUGAUGCCUUGCAGCCUUGGAUCUCUACUAUCAAAGCUACCCUCAACACUCCCAUCACAAAAUUCCACUCAAGUCCCUGAUGCAGGGAUGUUAAGCACCGGGGAGAGAGUGAAGAUUGAGGACUGUCAUGAAUUUCAUCCUACCUAUGAUGUUGAUCAGAAAGGUAAGGUUGUUUCCCUGAACAAGCAGGAACUUUAACCAUAAUGGCUCUUGAUUAUAGUAGCUAGUCUGAUAAUGGAAUUAAUGGCUGGUUAAAUUAUCCCACUGGACACUGCUCAGCUUAGCAAAUUGUGUGGUAUGUUUAUUGGUGGCCGACAAUUUAUCAAUCAUGGCCUUGUACUAUUGCUGUUUUCUUUCUGUGCAUUUAUGCUGCUACAGAUCAAUGCAAUGCUGCCAUGCAUUUAUGAAUACUCUUUGGACUUCACAUAUAACUAAUAGCAUCGUUCAAAUCA